GAGUUCUUGGCCGGAAAAAUGUCUGAAUCCCCUCACCGUCGGGACUAUACACAACACAUGAACGAGGUUUCGAUUCAGGUGGGUUUCGAUCUGGAGGUUAAGAGGGGACUUGGGAUGGGGAUUGGUCAUGGCAGCCCCUUCCCCGACAAUUGAAAUUGAAGGUGAAUCACCGAAAAUUGUCAAAUUAUGCCGUUGAAAUGCUCGGAAAACAGAGCAUCGAUCUAUGGAAUAACAACAAAGACGGAAAAAUGCCGUCAAUAAUUGAGAAUUGGUUAUGAAACACGGUUGUCGUUUCGAAACCUUGGAGCUUGACAAAACGGAAUCAAUGGCGGAUGAAUUCUCAUCGUUUCAUCUCCGCACUGCUAUGCUGACCGUUGAGAUCAGGUAGGGGAUAGGGAUGGUGGCUAUUCAGGAGAGUUGUGGGAUUUAGGUGGGCGUGGCUCAGGUGGCGGGGCGGGGCUGAGGUUGCAUCUCAGGUGGUCAGUUUGGUGGUUAUGUUGGGAAGGUGGUAAAUUUAGUGGUGAUGGUCAUGGUGGUUGAAUGAAGGUAGUGAGGUGGAAAAAGAAGAUUAAAAAAAAAAAAUCUGUGAAACAGGUUGAAGGUAAAAAAACUAGUUUUGAAAAUAUGGGGUGUUAAGGUGGGAUUAUUUUUGGAAUACGCAAAUGUGGGAUUAUUUUGAGAAAAUGUGCCAAAGGUGAGAUUAUUCUUUUCAAUUUUUCCUUAAAAAAAAUCAUGUAUGGAACAAUUAUAUAAGAAUUAACAGGGGAUUAAUUGCAAUUUACAACCCAUUAAACACCCUAUUUUAAUUUAACCACUCAUUUUUUUAAGAAUUGGAAAUGCUUCAUUUGGUGUAUGUAAUGCAAACUGAGGUAAUUUUUAAUACGUAAAACGAGAUAUUUCCAACAACUUAUUUCAAUUCGAACUUCAAAUCAAAUCCAAAAUGCCAAAAUGAUCUUCGAAACCUUAAUACAACAAGUUUUGACACGAAAAUCGUUGUUUUUAUUUUAAUAAUUGGAACAUAUGGUAGUUUCCUCGAUACUAGAGUUAGAGCAAAGACUUGUAAAGUUGACCCAAAAUUGACUCUUAGUCAAUUAGACCUAAUAAUACGGGUCAAUUAUAAGGCCCACCGGCCCAAAGUAGUCAAUAUUGCUCAGCUUGUUUGCCAUAUUCUCGCGGCAUAAGAUAAAAAUCUCGGUCAAAAUUCUCAUUUUCUGUGCAAUACUAAUUUAUCAAAAUGUUAUUCGUCAUUAAUCAUUCAAAGCUACAUCUCUAUUCAUCUCUUGUUUUUAUUAUCUUUAGUUCAAGGUUUAUCAUUAGUGAACCAAAGAAUACCCUUGUUACUUCUGAAUGCUAUCACGACAAAUUCACAUUCGAAGCCUCAUUUUCGAGCAACCUCAACAAGUUGUUAUCUUCGCUGCCAGAAAUUGCAGGCCAAAGCAUCAAUAAUGGAUACAAUGCCACAAAUUCGGCAGACUUGGCUGCAUUUGAUUCGGAGAAAGUCUAUGUCCUAUUCCUAUGUCAAGGUGAUGCAACUUCUGAUGAUUGUAAAGGCUGCGUGUCUGAUGCAGCUGAUAAAAUUCAGAGCCAGUGUCCGAAUGCCAAAAGAGCGGUAAUUUGGUAUGAUACAUGCAUGGUUCGGUACUCCAACACGUCUUUUCUUGGGGAUGUGGAUGAGAAUAUUCAACUUGGUUUGGCAAACACCGAAUACUUCGGGACUGAUGUUAACAAGUUCAUGAAUUUGACGGGUAAUACCUUGUACGAUUUAGCUUCUAAACUGGGCAAAUCCGAGGAUAAUCCUAGGUUGUUAGGGGUAGGAGACAGGAAAUACUACUUAACUAAAGGUGAUGUUGUUUUUAAUAGUUUGAUAAAAUUAUAUACUAGAGCUCAAUGCACGCCUGACCUUACUGCAAUGAACUGUCAGAAGUGUCUUACCAUUAUGCUUACUAAGAUGGCCACUUAUUGUAAUGGGAGCAAGGGUUGUCAGAUGAUGAAUCCUAGCUGCAAUACACGGUACGAGGUCUAUCGAUUUUAUAAGGAUAUAGCCUCACCAGUGUCACCACCACCUGUUGCGGCAUUGUCACCACCGCCAAGGACAACACCGCCACCUCCUGUGAAGGAAAAAAGUCAGACAGGUCGAUCGAUUAUUGUAAAUUUUACACUUGGCAUUCUAGUGCUGAUCUUGGUCGUUUUAGUCACUGUACUCACCUAUCUUCAGUGUAAGAAAAGAAAGGAGAAUAAUGAUGCCGAAAGCAUCAGAAAUAAUAACAGCCAGAGAAGUCGUGCUCCAAAUUUCUAUAAUGUUGGUGAAGAUAAUUUCAUGACCGCAGAGUCUCUGCAACAUGAUUUUGCAACACUCAAAUUUGCAACCAAUAAUUUUUCUGACGUUAACAAGCUUGGUGAAGGAGGAUUUGGCAUUGUUUACAAGGGAACCCUACCAAAUGGACGAGAAGUAGCAGUCAAGAGGCUAUCUACAGGUUCUCAUCAAGGCGAAGAGCAAUUUAAGAAUGAGGUCGUGUUUGUUGCAAAGCUACAACACAAAAAUCUUGUUCAGCUACUCGGAUUCUGUUUAACAGCUAAUGAAAAGCUGCUUGUCUAUGAAUUUGUCCGCAACACAAGCCUUGACGUGAUUUUAUUUGAUCCUGAAAGACAAGGGCUACUAGAUUGGUCUGCACGCUAUAGAAUUAUACAUGGCAUUGCUCGUGGAAUACUCUAUCUCCAUGAAGAUUCUCGCCUUAAAAUUGUUCAUCGUGAUCUAAAAGCCAGUAACAUAUUAUUAGAUUCUAAUAUGAAUCCAAAAAUCUCUGACUUUGGUUUAGCAAGAAACUUUGCAGUGAAUCAGGAACAGGAUCAGACGAACAGAGUAGCUGGAACAUUCGGUUACAUGGCUCCAGAAUACAUUGAAUACGGCGAGAUCUCCACCAAGUCGGAUGUAUACAGUUUUGGUGUAUUGGUUUUGGAGAUCAUAACUGGCAAGAAAAUUAGCAAUCGCCAAACAACACUUGCUGAAAAUCUCCUAACAUAUGUUUGGAGGCACUGGAGAGAAUUAACGCCGUUGGAAGCUGUAGAUGCUUCUCUAGGAGAUUCAUAUUCAAGCAGUGAAGUCGUUCGAUGUUUGCACCUUGGCUUAUUGUGUGUUCAAGGAGAUGUAGAGGAAAGACCAUGUAUGUUAUCUAUAGUGUCUUGUCUUAACAGUAACUCUGAUCUUCCAAUGCCGCAACAACCAGCAGCAUUCACGAGUAGUGUUCGAAAGGGGCCAAACUCAGGAACCAGAGAGCUGACUGAUAGAUCUACUAAAUCUGGAUCCAGCUCUCGAACCAGUGGGCAACAAUCUGAUAAAUGUAUAAGCAGAUCAAUUGAUUCAUUCUCUGGGAUUGAAUUUUCAAGUAAUUAAUGGAACAAUUUAAAAUGUGAAAAACAAAGAAUUGGAGUCUUGUUUAGAGUAAUGCUCAAACUCAAAAGUUGUUUAUUUUUACUUAUUACGGAGUAUAAUGUAGUGUAUUUUAUGAAUGAUAUUGUAUUUUUGAUGCAGUUAAUGAUUUCCUGAGACUUAAUAUAUAGUAAAGAGUUUAUUUUGUUCCAAAUGUUA